AUGUCCGACGAGAAGUCCGACCUGGCGGCCGGUGGCAACGCCGAGAAGCCCAAACUGUCGCCGGAAAUCCACGUUGACUCGGCGGUUCAGAUCGCCCACGAGACCCAGGAGGGCCAGUACUCGCCAUGGACAAAGUCCAUGUUUCGCCUGUACGGCGUUCUCAUCAUCGCGUACCUCGGUGGUGCCCUCAACGGCUACGAUGGAUCCCUCAUGGGAGGUCUUAACGGACUGAAAUCUUACAUGGCAUACUUCAACAAGGAAACUGUUGACGAGAGCACCGGUAUUAUUUUUGCCAUGUACAACAUCGGCAGUGUGGCGGCUGUUUUCUUCACUGGACCAACGAACGAUUACCUCGGACGUCGAUGGGGCAUGUUCAUCGGCAGCGCAAUUGUCAUCAUUGGCACUUGCGUUCAGGCUCCGACAAAGACUGCGGGCCAGUUUCUUGCCGGCCGUUUUGUCCUUGGAUUUGGCGUCAGUUUCGUUUGCGUUUCCGCUCCGACAUAUGUAUCUGAGAUGGCUCAUCCAGCUUGGAGAGGUACCAUUACCGGCGUCUACAACUGUACCUGGUACGUAGGCUCAAUUAUCGCCUCUUGGGUCGUCUACGGUUGCUCCUACAUCACGGGUGAGAACGGUUGGCGUAUCCCGAUUUGGAUCCAGAUGGUUACUUCUGGAAUCAUCUGCAUCGGAGUUUUCUUCAUCCCAGAAUCUCCUCGAUGGCUCAUUGCCAACGAUAAGCACGAAGAGGCGGCCAAGGUUUUGGCAACCUACCACGGCGAAGGCUCCGUCGACCACCCCAUCGUACAGCUUCAACUCCAGGAGAUGGCCCAGCAGAUCAGGACCGACGCUUCGGACAAGAAGUGGUGGGACUACAGCGAGCUUUGGAACACUCACUCUGCUCGCCGCAGACUCAUCUGCGUCCUCGGCAUGGCCGUUUUCGGACAGGUGAGCGGUAACUCACUCAGCAGCUACUACAUGACUGCGCUUUUGAAGAACGCCGGCAUCGAUGACGAGAAGCGCGUCCUGGCCCUGAACGCAGUCAACCCCAUCCUCUGCUUCAUCGCUUCUCUCGCUGGAGCUCGCAUGACGGAUGUUGUCGGCCGCCGGCCGCUCCUGAUCUACUCCAUCAUCUUCUGUUCCUUCUGCUUCGCCAUCAUCACUGGCACUUCCAAGCUGUCUACGGACGGCGAUGGCAACGCUGCUGCAUCUCACGCAACUAUUGCCUUCAUCUUCAUCUUUGGUAUCGUUUUCAGCUUCGGCUGGACACCUCUCCAGAGUAUGUAUAUUGCCGAAACUCUCGACACGGCUACGCGUGCCAAGGGAACUGCUAUCGGCAACUUCGCCAGUGCUGUCGCCAGCACCAUCAUCCAGUACUCCAGUGGACCGGCGUUCCUCAACAUCAAGUACUACUUUUACAUUGUGUUUAUUUUCUGGGACCUGUUUGAGGCCGCCUUCAUCUAUUUCUUCUUCCCCGAAACCAAGGGCCGUACUCUGGAGGAACUGAGUGAGGUUUUCGCUGCCCCCAACCCUGUCAAUAAGAGUCUGGAGAAGCGGUCAGCGCAGACUGUGCUGAACACCAUGAAGUUGGACGAGAAGUUGGUCGACACUGUCUAA